GCCGCGGUUCCGACGAGACGACGAUGAAACGCUCUUUCUUCAAGACCGGUGACGUAAUUCGUGCAAGCCCCACCACUGGUGCAGAAAAACAAGACGAAGUAUCAAAGUCCCCGGGAGUCCGAACCUUUCGGACAGUCUGACUCUUGCUGCGAGAACACAAGAUGAAGACCUUACCGUUUAUCGCCGUCGUGCUGUUCCUGUGCGGGGAGCACGCGGUGUUGUCCGCGGAUCCUCACGAGCACAACAAGGUGGUCUGCUAUUGGAAUUCAACGUCCUUCGAGAGAUCAGGUCCUGGCAAAUUCCAAGUGGACGACCUUCGCCCAGCCUUGUCGCUGUGUACGCAUCUGAUUUACGGAUUCGCCGGCAUAAACGCUAACGACUUCGAGGUGGUGCCCCUAAAUCCGAGUUUGGACACCGGGGCAGGGUACGCCUUUUACAGACUGGUAACUCAGCUGAAGAGGUCCUUCCCCGACCUGAAGGUCUACCUUGGAAUCGGAGGUAACGCGGACCCCUACGAGGACACUCACAAGUACCUCACCGUGCUCGAGACCAGCGAGGCGCGAACGAAAUUCAUCAACUCGGUGAAUCGCCUCUUUAAUGACUACGACUUCGACGGGGUGGACCUCGCCUGGCAAUUCCCGGAGGUCAAGGUGAAGAAGAACCGCGGCACCUUCGGCUCCCUGUGGCACGGCAUCAAGAAGACCUUCGGCUAUGGGAAGUUUAAGGACGACAAGGAGGAGGAGCACCGCGACGGGUUCACCAUCCUGGUCCGAGACUUGAAGGCUCAGCUCCGGCCCAAGAACAAGGCCGUGACCCUGUCGAUCCUGCCGCACGUGAACGCCAGUGUAUAUUACGACGCAAGACUGAUCGCCCCGAACCUGGACGCCGUCCACAUCCUGGCCUUCGACCAGAAGACCCCGGAGCGCAACCCCAAGGAAGCGGACUACCCUGCACCCAUCUACGAGAGCUACGGGCGCGUCCCUCAGGACAACAUCGACUCCAGUGUCAGGUACUGGCUGGAGCGCGGAACUCCAGGGACCAAGGUGAUCAUCGGCAUCCCCGCGUUCGCUCGCACGUGGAAGUUGACAUCCGAUAGUCAGAUCUCCGGAGUACCCCCGAUAGAGACCGAUGGACCAGGUGCCGAAGGACCCCACACGGCGACUCCUGGCCUCCUUUCAUAUGCCGAAGUCUGCUCUCGCCUGACCGAGCACGCGGUUGGACGGCUGCGACGGGUCGGCGAUCCCUCCAAAAAGUACGGUUCCUACGCUUAUCAGCCAUACAACGAGGAGACCAGCGCAGAUGGGAUCUGGGUUGGCUACGAGGACCCCGACACCGCGGGCAACAAGGCGUCUUACGCCAAGGCCAAGGGUCUGGGUGGCGUGGCGAUCUACGACAUCUCCUUGGACGACUUCAGGGGCGUCUGUACCGGCGACAAGUUCCCCAUCACCAGGGCCGCCAAAUACAAACUGUGAGGGUCCAGGACUCCUUCAACUCGCUCAUCGUCACCGUUCUCGGCCCCGAUCUUCUGGCUCGAUCAUCUUCCUUCGACCACGCAUGCAUCUCGAGCCAGACCUCGACGGUUCUCGAUUCUUGCACUUGUCUAGAAGGAAACGAGGCGGAAUAAAGUGGAUGCCGUUAGAACCUAACCCAAGUAUCGCAA